CCUAUCGAGAUAUAUGAAAACAUCAUUGAACACUCGGAUCGGGUUAUGCUACCUUCUGCGACAUUGGUUUGCCGGGCAUGGUAUCCUCGUGCCAGUCAGAGUCUCUAUCACACCGUCAUCAUCGAGUCGCGUGCAAGCUAUGGUUUGUUGACGACGCAGCUCCGCACGUCGCCUCGCAUCUCGCAUUGGCUUGCGUAUACGCACGAACUGGUCAUCGGACGCUACCGACCCAGCGACUCGAAUAUACCCUUUCUGGACGCCCUUCCUCUUGUCUUCGCACAAGCUUUACCAGCCUUGCGGGUGCUCGAGAUUCGUCGGAGCUUGCGUCCUGCUAUGCAUCCGAGUUUCUAUCUCGCCCUCCGCCAGUUCCAACAUCUCACGUCAUUGCAUCUAUGUCUUGUCAAGCUGAGCAGCACUGCUCAGCUACGACGGAUUGUCUGUGCAUUUCCGAGUCUGGAAGACCUCGCCUUGGAAAAUGUA